GUCCAUCAUUAUUUCUCGCUGUGCUGCAGUCACACAAACAUGAACUCGUGGUCAUUCGUGGUGCUGCUGAUUGCUGCCUCUGCGGCCGCCUCCGACAUUCAGGACUGCCUCCAUGCAAAGUCCCCGGCCGCCUGCCUCCAGAGCACUGCGUACAGACAUGUUCGUGAUUUGGUGGCUGAAGAGACCAUCGUCCUGAGCCAGGGCAUCGAAUUGGUGCGACCUGUGAAACCUACCGGUGCCCGCAAGGCUGAGGACGUGGCCGCUGAAGCUGUGCUGAGCCAGGAGAAGGGUGACUUGGAGCAAAGGCAAGAGAUCUUGCAGCAGUAUGUCGCCGACAAGGUUCAGGAGGCUGCUUCCGAGAGAAGGCUGUCCGUGCAGGUGGACACUGUCGCUGGCAGAAUGUACGACACCGUCAAGGCUCUGACCAAUGGACAAGGUCGUGCCAUCAAGAAGAUCAUCAAGAGUCUGUUGCCCGUGAUUGUUGGAUUUAUCCUGAAGGUGGCCACCCUGGUGGUGAUCUCGUACAUCGGCAUGGGUCUGCUGGCUAAGAAGGCCGCGAUUGGCUCCUUGAUUGCGAUCGCCAUCUCCAUUGUCACUUUUAUCAGGAGUCUAAUCGUAAGUAAACAUGCCAAGCACCAUGAACAGGCUCAACUUCUGGGUGCCCUUGCUGGACAGGUCUCCGCGUAUCAUAAUAUCGCGGCCACGCACGACAUCGCCAACAGCAUCGCCGCUCAGCAGGCUGCCUCAGCCCUGAACCACCUCCCCUACGGCGGCUGGAAGCACUGAAGAACCCACCCCAAACAAAAUACACCCCUCUUCCUCUCUGUUACCAACUGAACGUGAACACCGGACAAUUCUGGUCACCGCCAGUCCCGCUGAUGAUGCCAAAAUAGUCACUUAACGUUUCCAAAAAUUUAAUUUAUUGCUAUUUAUUAAUAAACGAUUAAUAUUUCCAACCCAA